AGGUAGCAGGAAGUGGCCCAAUGUGGGUGUGUCAGUGAGUGCGGCACUCAAAGGUUUCUGCCUAGUCGGCUUUAUUUUAAAGCGAAGAAAAUACCGUUAUUUCAGCUGAAUUUAGUCCGCAAGUCAUGCUGACCUUUCGCUCUGUGUGGACCCUGUGUGUCCUGGCGCUCCUGCUGCCGCUUGGAGUCCUGUCUCAGUUCGACUUCGAUCUGAGUGAUGCUCUGGAUGAUGAGAACGUUAAGCCAUCCUCUGUUAGACCAAAGCCAGAAGCACCAACUCGAGGAAUAGAACAAGCUACAGUAACAACUACAACCAUCAAAGUCCCAGUAAAGGUCAAGCCAAAGCUCCCUACAAGCACUGCAGUGUCAAAGAAGACCAAACCCAAGUCAACUGGACAAGAUUUUGAUCUGGCAGAUGCCUUGGAUCAAAACCAGAAGCCAGGAGGAGGAUUUUCUGACAGUGAUCUGGAGGGUGUGAGCAACGAUAACACCUACAAACCCGACAAAGGAAAAGGAGGAUAUAAAAAAGAAGACACCAAUCUGAGUUCCCAUGAUGAAAACAGUGAGGUCACUGCAGAGGUCGGCACCAUUGCUGGAAUUGCCAGUGCCGUUUGCAUGGCGCUGGUGGGGGCCAUCACCAGCUACAUAAGCUACCAGAAGAAGAAAUUGUGCUUCAGUAUACAACAGAGCCUGAAUGUUGACAUUAAUAAGGCUGAAAUCCCAGAGGGAGUGGUGGCAACUGAACCUCAAGCACAACAGACUCUUUUGGAACAACCAAAGUCUGGACCACCUUGUGACGAGAACACAGUUUAGGAGCCAGUCAGUCACUGAGUCAGUCACAUUUCAGCUGUCCUUUCAUCCACAUGUAGCGUACUAAUAUAUAAACAUAGCAAAUUCCAAGUUUGUACCAUGUUAUAGGCUUUGUAACGGCGCUUUUCUAAGCUAUAAACUCCUGUUUACACUACUGAGCAUUUCAUGUUAGAAGUAGAACCACUCAAAUUCAAAUCAGCAUCUCUCAUUUGUGUAUGAAUUCCAUUUAGUGUUUUAAUGAGGUUUGCAUUAGAAAAAAUGCACAUUUUGGAAUGUAGUCUGUAGAAAGUGAGUCUGUAGUUUGUCUCAGUGCUGACCAGUGAAUGACCAACAGGUUCUGUAGUUUAUUCAGAGCUCAGAUCAGCGCCAUGCCUCGCUGAGUACAGAAACGUUUUAGAAUUUUUGAUGGUGGAAAUGAUUUCUUUCUGUUAAUGUCACAUUCUGACACGUGUAGCUAAACUGCAAAACUAUUUAAAUUACUUUUGUUUAUUUCUCUUGCAAGUUUAGAAGUGUGUACCUGACUAGUGUUUUUACUAAAAUGUGAUGGAUUUACUGGCUUGGCUGCAAGGGGCAGCAGUUGGUAGCAAUGUUGCCUUGCAGCAAGAGAAGGUCCUUGUUUUGAAUCCCGGUCUAAACUCAAUUUACAAUUAUAUGAGCAUAUUGUGGCAUGCUGUAAAAUCAUCUCUUCUAAUCUGAAAAUGUGGUGCAGAAGGAAUUAAGAAAAGGUUUUACAAAGGCUUAGAUAUGAGUUUAUACUUUUAUCUUAUACACUAAAAUCUGAAACUACUUCACACACUGUUGUCUUUGAGAUUCAGGCAUUUUUGUUCUGACUGCAGUUAUGUGAAUAUUAGGAAAUGUCAGCAUUACUACAGUCCCAGACCAGAUGGGAUGAGAUGUUUUCUUUAUAAGAUAUAAUAUGACCGUCGCUCCUGGUCACAUGAUGACCUCUGUUCGCUCCACACGCCUGGAUUCAAGUCAACACACACACAACUCAUUUCUAAUUCUGGAAAUGUCAUUUAGUGACCUUCACUUACUGCUUUGACCAAUUGUUACUCAAAAAAAAAAAAAUCACUUCACUUGUGAUGCCUCUUCAGUGCCUGUUCUAGACAUGAAUGCUUCUUUCUGCAAAUCAAAUGAUUUGAAACGUAUCACUUCUCUGAAUGUCAACAUUAUGUCCAGAUCAGAAAUGUGAAAAGCUGCUGCUUGAGUUAGACUUUAACCGUAGUUAGAUCUGUUUGUGUGCUUUGUACUUCUGCUGUUAUAAUGCUGUAUCUAACUGAGACUGUUCCUUUAUACUCUCUGCUGCAUGUUUUUCUCUAUGUGUGUUUACUGUUAGCCAUUGUAACAAAAGAGACAUCCUUUGUCGGUUGUAGGGUUUUGACAUAAUGUGGACUUUACCAGAUUUUCAAUUACUCAAGGUAAUCCUAGGGGAACCAAACCAAAUUUUCUAAAUUAAAAAAAAUGCAUAUCUCAGUACUAAAACCCUAGAAUUUAAAGGACGUGUGCUUUUUUUUACCGUGACUUUUUCACAAUAUUGAACUCUGCUUAAGAUGUGCCAGUUAACUGACUUAACUUGAAUUAUUAUUAUAUGUACUCCAGUUGUCUCCAACAUGAACUAGUAAAAUAAAGAAUUGAUAAAGAGA